AUGGCCCCGCGCGCUGACCGCGGCCCGUCGAUCCUCAUCCAGCUCAAGGCGACGACGCAGGCGCAGUACCGCUUCAAUAUGCAGCGGCGACUCAUGCUCCUCCAGUCCCUCAAUGCGCUCUCUUUCUCCCCCGGCGACCCAUUAUCCCAGGAGGCGCUGUCCAAUCUCACGGCACAGCUCGCUGCACUGACCGCCGCCUGCGACCGUCUCAUGGAGGCGCUGCUGACCGUCGCUGAGCAACGUGCACAGAUACAGCGCCUGCAAGACGUGCACGUCGCGUCUGCGCUCGCGAUCAGCCUGCGCAAGCUCAACGGGAGCUACGGGCGGCGUGCGACCGAGGUGACGGAGGCCCGCGCGAAGAUCACCGAGCUCCAGGCGGAGCUCGAGGAGGCGUGGGGCGUCGCGCAGGAGCUCGCGCACGAGAUGGACGACCUGGACAACUUCGGGCGCGACUUCGGGUACGAGGACGACGCGGUGUUCGAGGACGAGGCGAGCGCGGUGUCGCGCGAGGGCAGCGUCGUCGUCGCGGACUCGCGCACGGAGCGCAGUGUGCAGAUGGCGGAGGUCGUCGGCGUGACGGCGACGGCCGUCUCGAGCACGGCGACGUACGCCACCCUGUUCCCAGGCCCGAUCGCGCCGUCGCCCGCGCAGCUGCAGGUCGCGGACCGCACGAGCCGCGUCCUGGCUGCGCGGCGGCGGAGCACGCGUGCGAGCAAGGCGAGCCUGCGCCUGCGGCAGCCGUCGGUGAGCGAGGGCGAGGCGUCCUCGUCCGUCGCCGCCGCGGCGCAGACAGCGCGGAGGGCGAGGAGCCGGAGCCGGAGCAGACGGAGACCGACCAUCUCGACGGAGCCAGACGUGCCCGUGCCCGCCGUCCCGACCAUCCACGUCGAGUCGGCGCCGCAAAAGGGCGGGUCCUUCCUCGACCUGAACGAGACCCGACCCACGACGCCGAGCUCCGCCGCGGUAGAGGCACCGCCCCCGCUCCCCCCCGUCUCCGCCAUCGCCACCUCGCUCCUCGAGUCCCACGGGAACACCCUCGGUGAGCCGCCCACGCCCACGCACACGCAGUACGUAACGGCCGUCCCCCAUCCACACGUCCCCCCGAACGCCACGCCCUCCACGCCGGGCUUCGACCGCACGCUCAUCCCCCCCUACACGUUCCGCGCCGCCGGCGCGUCCCGCGACGACUCCUUCCUCCCCAGCUCGCACGAGCGCGACGCCAAGGCGCGCCGCGUGCAGUCGCUCGGCGCGCGCGCGCGCGGCGACACCGUCAGCCUGCUCGACGGCGUGCCCGGCUCGAGUGCACGGACGCUGAGUGGCGGGGAGGCCGCCGAGAGCGGCCGGACGAAGGCGAAGCGGUAUUCGGUGCCGUUGCGGGCGGUGCAGGGCGAGACUGCGCGGGCGCCCCGGCCGUUGACGGCGGGAUCGACCAGUGUUGGGAUGCAUCAUGACCAGCAGCAGGCUGGUCCGGGGCCGUCGUCGCAAGAGCUUCGUGAUCAGGUGCUGCGUGAUAACGAUGUGCAAGCGUCGCAGCCGGCGCUGGACCAGCAGCCCCCGCCCCUACCGCCAAAAGAGGGGGCGGUCACAGCUACGGAACCCCCCUCGGGGCCGUAG